AUGUAUGUUGUCAGCAUUAUUAGCAGGUACAUGGACAAUCCUAAAAAAUAUCAUCUCCUAGCAGCUAAGCGUAUUCUGAGGUAUUUGCAAGGCACAAUCAGCCAUGGUUUGUUGUACAAAAGGAAAGAAAGUUCACUAUUGAUGGGGUUUACGGAUAGUGAUUAUGUAGGAGAUCGAGAUGAUAGGAAAAGUAAUAGUGGUUUCCUAUUUAUGUGGGGAUCAAAUGCGGUUUCAUGGUCAUCUAAAAAGCAGCCUAUAGUAACUUUAUCCAUCAUAGAACAAAAGUUUGUUACUGCAACAUCAUGUGCAUGUCAAGCUAUCUGGCUUAGGAAGCUACUGGAGGAAGUUCACUACAGGCAAGCUUAUGCUACUCCCAUAUAUUCUGACAAUUGUUCAGCCAUCAAAUUGUCCGAAAAUCCAGUGUUCCAUGGAGAAUCAAGCAAAUAG